AUGGCGCCAACCCGGAAGUCCAAAAGUGGGCUCUAUUUUGGAGAAGAAAUGGGAAAGAUUGUGCCAAAGAUGGUGGCAUUGUUGGUCUUGCUGCUGACUAUACUUCCUCAUGCAAUAUGCAAACCUCCCAUUGUUAAAUGUCAUGUCCAUGAUCCAUACACUCCAAUUCAUCAGUAUCAUCAGGAAGGAGACCUCAUCCUUGGUGGCAUAGCCUCUCACAGCAUCAUCGUCUCCAGUUCAAUAGCCUUCACCGAAAAACCCCCACCAACAUUGCUUGAAGAGCUAUAUGUGGUACCUAAGAACUACCAGCAUAUACUAGCCCUGCAAUUUGCAGUGAAGGAGAUCAACGAAAACCCUCAGCUUUUACCCAAUGUCACUUUAGGCUUCCGUAUCUAUGACAGUUAUUUCAAUGCCAAAUGGACCUCUCAUGCCACAAUGUUACUCAUAUCCACACUGGAAACAUUUGUCCCCAACUACAUCUGUGACAUCAAGAAAAUCUUGAUAGCCAUCAUUGGGGGACUGGACUCCCAAACUUCCCUUCAUGUGGCAACAAUCUUGGAUAUCUAUAAGGUUUCACAGCUCCAUCAUUUUCUGAGGGGUAUCUCAUUUAACAACAGUGCUGGGGAUAAAAUUUCCUUUGACCAGAAUGGGGAGAUACUAGCUGGAAUUGAUAUUACCAAUUGGAUUCUUUCCUCAAACCAAUCCUUUCAGAGGGUGAAGGUCGGAGGGGUGGAUUCCCUGGCUCCUCCACAUCAAGUGUUGACCAUCAAUGAGGGAGCCAUCAAAUGGCACCAUUGGUUUAACCAGACACAGCCUGACUCUGUAUGUACUGAGAGCUGCCGCCCUGGUUUUUGCAGGAAAGUGAAGGAGGGGGAAGCAUUUUGCUGCUACGAUUGCAUCCCAUGUCCAGAAGGGAAGAUUUCGGACCAGGAAGACAUGAAUGACUGCUAUGAAUGUGAAGAUGAAAAGUAUCCAAACAAACAUAAGACUAUAUGUAUUCCCAAACGUGCAACCUUCUUGUCCUUUGAAGAACCUCUGGGCCUCAGCUUAGCCUGUUCUGGUCUUUCCUUUGCUUUCAUUACAGCACUGGUACUGGAAAUAUUUGUGAAGCACAGGGACACUCCCAUUGUGAAAGCCAACAACCGGGACCUCACCUACGCUCUGCUCAUCUCCCUCUUGCUUUGCUUCCUUUCUGCAUUACUGUUCAUCGGAUAUCCGUACAAGGUGACAUGUCUCCUUCGACAAACUGCUUUUGCCAUCAUCUUCUCAGUGGCUGUUUCUUGUGUGCUGGCAAAAACCAUCACUGUGGUUCUGGCUUUCAUGGCCACAAAACCAGGAUCCCGGAUGAGGAAAUGGGUGGGGAAGGGACUGGCAAACUCUAUUGUCUUCUCCUGCUCCCUUCUCCAAGCACUCAUCUGCACUGUAUGGCUGAUGAUCUCUCCUCCAUUCCCUAAUAUUGACAUGAAGUCAGUGGCUGAAGAAAUUGUACUGGAGUGCAAUGAGGGGACAGUGACCUUCUUUUACUGUGUCUUGGGCUACAUGGGCUUCCUAGCUAUGGUCAGUUUCACUGUGGCUUUCCUUGCCCGGAAAUUACCUGACAGCUUCAACGAAGCCAAGUUCAUCACUUUCAGCAUGUUGGUCUUUUGCAGUGUUUGGUUAUCCUUUGUUCCUACCUACAUGAGCACAAAGGGGAAAUACAUGGUGGCUGUGGAGAUCUUCUCUAUCUUAGCCUCCAGUGGUGGGUUGUUGGGUUGCAUCUUUUCCCCAAAAUGUUACAUUAUUUUGCUGAGGCCUGAGCUGAACAAUAGGGAUCAACUAAUAAGAAGAAAUUGCUGA